UCUUUGUGCUUUCGUCCCCGGUCUCCUCGACUCCUUAGGGGCCGUUCCCCUCGUUCUCUCCCGGCUCCUCUCGCUCUGUUCCGGAUCUCUUGAUUUAUGGGCAAACCUACGGUUUUUUUUUGGCUCUCUGGCCUGGAUCUUGGUCCGAGAUUCGGGGGUUCUAGUUCUUUUUAGCGCUGAUCCGCGCACAAUCAGAAAAAUGUAGCUCAAGUUCGUUUUCUGAGUAUGUUUCGGUGUUUUUCUCCUGUUUUUACUGCUUCAAAAUGGCAACUUUGAUGCACCGCUAGGAAUGGACGGGACAAGGGAGCUGGGGCUGCGGAAGGAGGAGACGCAUUGCUCCAUGGCGGAGGCCGAGGACGUCAAUUUGACACGGCUCCUCGGCAAGCCGAAGCUCAAUAUUGAGCGGCAGAGGUCGUUUGAUGAGAGGUCGCUCAGUGAGCUCUCGAUCAACGUCAGAGGCCUUGAUAAUUUUGAGAGCAUGUACUCCCCUGGAUUCAGGUCGGGGCUUGAUACACCGGCCUCGUCGGCCCGGAACUCAUUCGAGCCGCACCCGAUGGUCGCAGAGGCCUGGGAGGCUCUGCAGAGGUCAUUGGUGUAUUUCCGGGGGCAGCCAGUGGGGACGAUUGCCGCCUAUGAUCACGCAUCGGAGGAGGUGCUGAACUAUGAUCAGGUGUUUGUCCGUGACUUCGUACCAAGUGCACUGGCUUUUUUAAUGAAUGGGGAACCGGAGAUAGUGAAGAAUUUUCUCCUCAAAACUCUCCAUCUUCAAGGGUGGGAAAAGAAGAUAGAUCGUUUCAAGCUUGGGGAGGGUGCCAUGCCGGCAAGUUUCAAGGUGCUCCAUGAUCCUGUUCGGAAAACUGAUACUCUCAUUGCAGAUUUUGGUGAGAGUGCCAUCGGAAGAGUCGCACCUGUUGACUCAGGAUUUUGGUGGAUUAUUCUUCUGCGCGCCUAUACAAAGUCUACUGGGGAUUUAUCUCUUUCAGAAACACCAGAAUGUCAAAAGGGGAUGAGGCUUAUAUUAGCUCUAUGUCUGUCUGAGGGCUUUGACACAUUUCCAACCCUGCUCUGUGCUGAUGGAUGCUCAAUGAUUGAUCGGAGAAUGGUGCUCUUCUCUGAUGAUGGACGCAACAGGGGAUUGGCCGCAAUAGAUUGACGUGCCUAGAAGGGGGAGUAUACGAGCAACCAUGGCUAAAACCAGAGCUCAACAUUAAACAGGAUCCGUGAGGCAAUUUUUCCGUCGAAAAGAUAUUCCUCCU